GAACCACAUUAUAUGGAUAAUUUGAUUAAAGAAGAACUCGGGGUAAAUGUUUUGGAACCAUUUUCCCGUGCAUCAGGUGGAUGUAUAAGCCAAGCAGCUGGAUAUCACACUGAUAAGCUUGGUGAUGUUUUUAUCAAGAUCAACAGCAAAGCUGAAGCGGGACAAAUGUUUGAUGGUGAAUUUGCAAGUCUAAACGCGAUAUAUGAGACGCAAACGAUUCGUGUUCCAAAACCAAUAAAGAGUAUCAAGGCGGAUAAUCAAUGUUAUUUGGUAACAGAGUAUCUGUAUAUGAAUGGCUCACCAAAACCAGCUGAAUUAGGGACGAAAUUGGCAAAAUUACAUGCUCAUAAUGCAGAGCUUUUGAAGGCUAAAGAAAAAAGAUGUUCAUUCAUCGGUGGUGCAGAAAAAGGUUCAGCUGCUGUAACGCAGUUCGGUUUUGAUAUACCUACGUGUUGUGGUUAUAUCAAACAAGUUAAUGAUUGGUCAGAUGAUUGGGUGGAAUUUUACAGCAGAAAUCGUUUAAAGGCUCAAAUUGACUUGCUUCUUGAGAAAAAAGGUGAUCGAGAAUUACUGGAUUUAUGGCCAAAAUUGGAGCGCAAGAUUCCAUUGUUUUUUCAAGGCUGUAAAACCAUUGUACCGAGUCUUGUCCAUGGAGAUUUAUGGUCUGGGAAUUACUCUUAUGAUGAAGACGUUGUGUAUGACCCAGCAUCAUUUUACGGUCACAGUGAAUUUGAAAUGGGAAUAAUGCAGAUGUUUGGUGGUUUUAGUUCUGCUGUAUAUUCAGCCUACCAUAAAAUAAUCCCCGAAGAAAAUGGAUCUAAAAGUCGAAUCCAACUUUAUGAACUUUUUCACCAUCUUAAUCACUGGAAUCAUUUUGGAUCUGGCUAUAAAGCUGGUGCAAUAUCAAUUAUGAAAUCCUUAAUAUCAAAGUGA